GGUGAGAAUGAGAGCCUAUCUUCCCCAGUGCACUUUGCAGUGAGUCUGGAAGGGGAGGGGGAAGGAGGGGGCAGCGUUAGCUGCUGGAUCGCUUAUCUGAAAUCUCAAAGUCCGCCUUUUGCCCGUGCGCUCUCCCCUCUCCGCGGACCUGCCAUGGAUGUUACUCCUGGAUGUGCAUUCUUCAUUAUUUUCCUUCACUUUCAGCACGCGGAUACUCUUUACAUCGCCAACAGUAUAGAUUCCCUGCAGCAUGUCCUGAGGGAGUACGGGCUAGUGAGACCGGUGAGCGUGGAUGCAGACGGACGCUUCCUCUCCCACGCCGUCUCUGCCAGCCGGUUGAGUGGGCAGGGGUCCCACCGGCGCAGGAGGAGGCAGGCCAACCAGCAUGGAGAGACCAGUGAGGAGACGAACUCAGAGCAGGACCACCUGAGGCACAAGGAGACACUCUUUUAUAAUGUCACUGUUUUCGGACAGGAGUUUCACCUUCGCCUCAGGCUAAAUUCCAGGCUCGUGGCCCCUGGAGCCAAAGUGGAGUGGCUUGAGGACGAUAACCAAACGCACUCUGAGCCCUUGUUGCCCAGUGACUGUUUAUAUGUGGGCUAUGUUACCAAUGUGCAGGAUACAUCAGUGGCUAUCAGCAAUUGCGAUGGCCUGGCGGGAAUGAUCCGUGCAGGUCAAGAGGAGUUUUUUAUCGAGCCACUGGAGAGAGGAGGCGACAUGACAGGAGAGGAGGAAGGAGGACCUGGGCGUCAUCACAUCGUCUACCGCUCCUCUGACAUCAAGAAGCCGGCCGUCAAUCAUCCCGCUGACUUUCAUCUCAGAGGAUCCCCUCUGGGUCUUCAGGCUGGAUUGCAGUAUUUACCCCACCAUGUUAAGAAGAAAAUAAAGAGCAACACACGAACACGCAGAGAGACUUAUGAAGAUGAGAUCUUUAACAUCGAAGUUCUCUUGGGAGUGGACUGCUCUGUGGUGAUGUUUCAUGGCAGAGAGCACAUCCAGAAGUACCUCCUGACCCUCAUGAAUAUUGUGAAUGAGAUUUAUCAGGACAGCUCCUUGGGUGCCCAUAUUAAUGUUGUCCUGGUUAGAAUAAUGAUGCUCUGCUCCUCCAAGUCCAUGGGUUUGAUUGAGCUGGGCAACGCUGCUCAGAGUCUGGAGAAUGUCUGUCGCUGGGCCUUUCUGCAGCAAAAAGAGGACAAGAAUGAUGCAGAAUACCACGAUCAUGCCAUUUUCCUCACCAGACAAGAGUUUGGGCCAACUGGCAUGCAAGGUUAUGCUCCUGUUACAGGAAUGUGUCACCCUGUGAGAAGUUGCACUCUGAACCAUGAGGAUGGCUUCUCGUCAGCUUUUGUUGUGGCCCAUGAGACAGGACAUGUACUGGGGAUGGAGCACGACGGCCAGGCGAAUGAGUGCGGGGAUGAGGUUCCAAUGGGCAGUAUAAUGGCUCCUCUGGUUCAAGCAUCCUUCCACCGCUUUCACUGGUCCCGAUGUAGUCAACAGGAGCUCAGGCGAUACCUGAAUACAUAUGACUGUCUGCGUGACGACCCCUUUGAUCAUGAAUGGCCAACUCUGCCCCAGCUGCCUGGCCUGCAUUACUCUAUGAACGACCAGUGCCGCUUUGACUUCGGCAUGGGCUACAUGAUGAACACAGACUUUAGCACCUACGAUCCUUGCAAGCAGCUGUGGUGCAGCCACCCCGAGAACCCUUUCUUCUGCAAGACCAAGAAGGGCCCUCCUAUCGACGGGACCAAGUGUGCAGCUGGAAAGCAAUGUUUUAAGGGUCACUGUAUCAAGCUUACGCCAGACAUUCUUAGGCAGGAUGGCCACUGGGGUCAGUGGACCAAGUUUGGUUCCUGUUCUCGUACCUGUGGUGGUGGAGUACAGUUCGAGAGUCUAACAACCCAACAUUACACCCCAGCCAACGGGGGGCGCACUUGUUAUGGAAACAACUAUGAGUUCCAGCUCUGUAACAUGGAAGAGUGCGCAAAGGCCCUAGCUGACUUUAGAGAGGAGCAGUGCAAAAUGUGGAACCCCCACUUUGAGCAUGAGGGCACCAAACACCAUUGGCUGCCCUACGAGCACCCUGAACCUGAAGAAAGAUGUCAACUGUACUGCCAGUCAAAAGAGACCGGAGACGUGAUAUCCAUGAAGAGAAUGGUGCAUGAUGGCACACGUUGUUCCUACAAAGACCCUUACAGUGUGUGUGUGCGUGGGGAAUGUGAGAAAGUGGGCUGUGACAAUAUUAUAGCCUCAGAGCUAGAGGAUGAUAAGUGUGGCGUGUGUGGAGGAGACAACUCCACCUGCAAGAUUGUCAAAGGAAAUUUCACCCGCAGCACAAGGAAACCAGGUUUUCUGAAGAUCCUGGAGAUUCCUAGAGGAGCACGCCACAUACGAAUCCAUGAAUUCAAAGGAACUCCACAUAUUCUAGCGGUGAAGAACCAGGCCACAGAUCAUAUCUUUCUGAAUGACGAGGGUGAUUUUCCUGAGUCACGUACAGUAAUUGAAAAAGGUGUGGCAUGGGAGUACACUAACAAUGAUGACAUGGAGACGGUCCAGACCACCGGACCACUCAAAUAUGGAGUACUCAUUAUGGUCCAGUCUCAGAGCAUUUCUAAAGUCACGCUUUCAUACAAAUACAUCCUGCCAGAAGAUCCACUCUCCUCAAUGGAGAACACCCUGCCUCAGGACGACACAGUUUACUUCGAGUGGGCUCUCAGGAAGUGGUCGCAUUGCUCCAAGCCAUGUGGCGGAGGGAAACAGUACACACGUUUUGGGUGCCGGAGGAAGUCGGAUGGCAAAAUGGUACACCGCACACUCUGCGUGCGCAUUAACAUACCCAAACCUCGCGCCAUCAGUCGAGCCUGCAACCAGAAGGAGUGCUCAGAACCAAUCUGGGUGACAGGAGAAUGGGAGGAGUGCAGUAAAUCAUGUGGUAAGACUGGUUCUCAGAGCCGACCCGUGCACUGUGUGAGACCUGAACUGGAUGGUUCAUACAAAGCCAUCAAUGCUAAGUAUUGCAAUGACGACCGGCCUGAAGGGCGACGAACCUGUAAUCAUCACCUAUGCCCUGCACAGUGGAGAACUGGACCUUGGUCUCAGUGCUCAGUGACCUGUGGUAAUGGGACUCAGGAGAGGCAAGUCCUGUGCAGCACCCCUGAUAAUGCCAUCGGCAUCUGCGUGGACACCAAGCCUGAGAGCAUCAGAUCAUGUCUGCUUGCUCCGUGUCCAAAUGACAGAGGGAACUUCAUCAUCCAGUGGCUUUCCAGAGCAAACCCCGAGUUCCCAGCUCCGAAGAUCUCCUCAAGAUCCCGCUGUAAAGGAGACAGGUCUUUGAUCUGUCGGAUGGAGGUUCUCAGUAUGUACUGCUCCAAUCCGGGCUACAGGCAGAUGUGCUGCAAGUCCUGCAACGAGGGCAACUACACCUCUGAAUUCAACCUGACGAGACCCAGGAUGUACACCACUGUCGCCCCUCCCAUAACUCCCACUGUAACGGCUCCUGUUCUCACAACACUGCUAUACAGGACCUCACAGAAGCCUGGCACAACAAUCACACCAUCAUUCAGCAGAUGGAGAAACAUCAGCACUGAGCCCACAUCUUGGGGCUACACAACCACUGUGAACCCAAUAACCCUAAAACCAGGAACCACAGUCCCUUUCACCAUUGGUUCUGUCACUGUGCACACUAAGCAUCCCAGCACACUCGACUACGAAGAGGAAUCCAGCACCCCCUUCUACGAGGAUGAAACCUGGAGCGAUAUCUCAACCGAACACUUCUCAGAAUCCGAAUCAUCAGAGUUUGCAGAGCCAUGGCCAACCACUCCACAAUAUACAAGCACACUUGAGAAUAAAAACAUCGAGACAACGUUUCUGACAAGGCUACAGCCUAAUGUUACUGCAACAAGCCCUCCUGCCAUAAUCAGUCUCCAUCGGUCAGAAGACAAGAAGGAGAAUAACUCCAUCGACGUGUCCUACAGGAUUGCCAGUCCAAACGAAGUCACACUCAACCACUUUGUCCCUAGAAAGCGAGUGCCGUUCCGUGAGAAAACGCAUAAUAAAAGAAUUCAAGAGCUCCUUGCAGAGAAAAGACAACAGGAUUUCCUGCUUCAAAGACUGAAACGAAAACCAGGAGACUGAUAUAUUUCCGUUUCUUUAUCCCUGUGGUAUUUUGUGAGUAUAUUUUUCAGUGGUCUUACGGCCUCAACACUCUUUCUUGGCAUUUGUAAUAAUUUAACAGGAAAUAACCUCAGUUCUCAAUCUUUCAUGUAGUAGCUGUUCAAGGCAUCUGAUCGGAAUGAAAAAUGACCCUAGUCAAGGCUUUUUUUUUUUUUUUUGAGGAUGACAUUUUCCCAGGGGUUUACCACAUUUGGCUACUUUAUUGGGGUGCAUUCAGGGGUGUAAGAAGCUGUCUCUUGUGAAGAUCUGACAGUUUAAGCUUAAGCCAGGCACAUACUGUAUGAUUUUUCCAGUCCUCUAAAAAUUUUGUACAUGAUUCCAGUGAGCUCUUGGGUAAAUGUCAUGGCACACUGUGUGAUGUCAGACUGUACAAUACACAUCCAGGAUUUGGGUUCCAGCGGUGCUGUUGACAGCAUACCCUUAUGAAAAAGAAGUUUAUUCAAGUGUGCUAUUAGUAUACUUCUUUUUAACUAAAAAUAGGAAAGUAUGCUUUUAGUUUACUUUGCAUGUAUUUCUCAAAAAAUGGGGUUUAUGUACUCCUCAGAAAUAUACUUAAAAUUACAUUUUAGUAUACUUGACUUAUACUUACAAAAAGUCUAAAUAUAUUUGAACUAUACUUGUGCUCCUAGAAUCCGUGUUUUCAUUGUUA